AUGACAAAACUAGAAAAAUCAAAAAUUGAACAUCUAAUAAGAGAAAUUUCUAAGGUUAUCACAGAAAGCGAACUUGAUAAAGAUAGCAAUUAUUACGAGAGUUUGCUAUCCAUGAUUGAAAACUUGACCUUAAUGAAAGAAGAAUUAGAAAAAAGUGACAACAAAGUUACUCGGGUUGAUGAACAAAUUCAAGAUUAUACCAUAUUUGAGGCUGCUGAAGAAAAUGAAGCAGAAAUAAUUCAGAAGUUAGUUGAAAGCGGAGCAGAUGUUGACAGUAUUGAUGAACAAGGAAACACAGCACUACAUUACUCAGUAAUGAAAGGUAACCUAGAAGCCACCAAAAAACUAUUAGAAUUAGGGAUCGAGGCUAAUGUAAAAAAUGAGGAUGGCGAAACCCCUCUUCAUAUAGCCGCAAAACUUGAUGAUGAGUAUGAAGAAGACGUAAUAUUAAAAAUUUCAACUGCUCUUCUCGAGAAGGGAGUUAGCCCUACUGCUCAGGAUGAGUUAGGUAACACUGCCCUUCAUUACGCUGUUCAAAGAGGAAAUCUAAGUCUUCUAAAAACUCUUGUUAAAAAAAAAGAGUAUAUUAAUGUUACAAAUAAUUUUAAUUGGUCAGUGUUGCAUAGUGCUGCCUCAGCAAUAGUUGAAGGAAUAGAAAAUUGGGAAAUUAUUGAAUGGUUAAUCAAAAAUGGAGCAGAUGUUACAGUUAAGUCAACAAUGGGUUCUUCUGUUUAUGAUAUAUUUCGAAAAAAAGACCAAGCUUAUGCUGAACGCUAUAAAAAUAUCAUCGAAAUUCCUGCUAUAAAAAAGUAA